AUGGAGGAGGGAGGCGCACAACUCUAGACCUACACCCGCACGGAGAGGCUCUGCUCUCGGGAUGCGCGUUAUCGCCACAGAGCCCCUCGACUGAAAUGGAAAAAUAAAACGCCAUGCAUCCGAAACAGCCGCGGAUACCGACGCCGUCGCCUUAUUCCGGACAUUAAGAGCCGUAUCGCCGCGCAAUUAGCUGGAGGGAGGGGGAUUAAAAGGGAAAGGGGUCGAUCAUGGGGAACGAAGCGAGCCUAGAAGGCGGCGAAGGGGCGCUCGCUGGAUUACCAGCGGGACUCGCACCUGAUGGGAAGGGUGGCUUCAUCCAGAUGCCCGCUGGGGUGGAGGCAGACCUCAGUAAUCUGUCUGAGGAGGAAAGAAAGCAGCUUGUGGCCGCUAUGGCCAAAGCGCAGUCCAGGCCACCAGAGACUCAAGCUGGUGGCACCAGAGUCCCAGCAGGUCUCAGUAAAAGUCGGACUGUAGAUGCAUUUGGAGAGGGGCCUCCUCCCAAGCCAAAGCCUGGACGGAGCCCCUCCUCCCUCAGCCUCCUUGAGUCCCGUUUCCGGCAGGAGCCCAAAGACCCAGAACAACCACGAACUGGCAUGUUCUCGUCUGGCUUUUUGAGUGGGGCCAACCCCCUAAGUGCGGUUUCUUCUGCUGUCUCCUCUGCCAACAUCCCAAAGUUUAGUUUGUUUGGUGAUGAUGAGGAAGAAGCGCCAGCAAAGCCGGAAGGAAAGCCUCCUGGCCCACAGAGUGGAGUGGGGAAGGGUCCUCCGCAGCAAGGGGGUAAGCCACCUCAGCAAGGUCCACCUAAAGGACCGGGACCUGAAGGUAAACCUGCACCUCAACAACAAGGACCUAGACCUGGUGGACCAGGACCUCAACAAGGACCCAAACCAGGGGGACCAGCAGCCCAACAGCAGGGACCUAAACCUGGGGGACCUGGACCCCAACAGGGACCCAAACCUGGUGGACCAGGACCCCAACAGCAAGGACCUAAACCUGGUGGACCAGGGCCUCAACAGGGACCAAAACCUGGGGGACCAGGAGCCCAACAGCAGGGACCUAAACCUGGAGGCCCAGGACCUCAACAGCAAGGACCCAAACCUGGAGGACCAGGCCCCCAGCAACAAGGAACUGGGAAGCCUGGUCCAGGAGUUGCUGCAAAACCCAGUGGACCUCAACAGCAGGGUAAACCUGGGCCGGGGGCUCAAGGGAAAGCAAUGUGUCCUCUUUGUAAUUCUACAGAGCUGAAUCUGCAGGCUAAAGACCAGCCACCUAACUACAACACCUGCACUCAGUGCAAACAGCAGGUGUGCAGCCUGUGUGGCUUCAGUCCACCAGACUCAGCGGGUAAGGAAUGGUUGUGUCUGAACUGUCAGAUGCAGCGGGCUGUGGGGGGCAUGGAGCCUUCUGUACCUCCAAUGAUGAAGCAGUCCCCCAAGCAGGGAUCUGCACCUCCCUCCCCACAAAGGAAAGAGCCACCGUCUGGGUCUCCCUCUAAAGGUGAGCCAGGGAAGAAGCCCCCAAUGCUGACCAAACAACAGAGUAUUGCUGAUACAGGGAAAGGAAGUACACCUCCAACUACACCAAAAUCCGGACCACAGCAAGGACCUCAACCUGGACAACUAGGGGCCAAGCGUGGACAGCCUCCACCUCUUCAAAAACCUUCACAGAGCCCAAAAGGUAGUCCUCAGCCUUCUCCUGCAAAAACUACUCCGAAACAAGAUGGAGGGGGAUUUUUUGGAGGAUUUGGUUUGGGAGGAUUGACAGAGGUGACAAAACCCUCACCAGGUGCCCAGGCUACUGAGUCAGUCACAGGAAAACUCUUUGGUGGUUUUGGUGGGUCGUCCAAACCUCAGGCUGGCUCUGCUGCUCAGACCACCGAGUCGGUCACUGGAAAACUCUUCAGUGGGUUCAGUGGUCUCACAGAGUCAGCUAAACCUUCACCGGCAAGUUCUCAGUCUCCUGAGAGCGUGUCUGGAAAGAUGUUUGGUUUUGGCUCUUCCAUCCUGAGCUCUGCCACCAAUCUCAUUUCUGGGGAGGAAUCAAAGUCUCCCCCAGGAUCACCCCCUGAUUCCCCCAUUGGGUCUGAAGCAGACUCCCCUCCCGGAUCCCUUCCUGACUCAGGUUCAGAGUCACCUCCCGACACACCACCUGCUUAUUCCAAAGACACAGCAUCUCCAAAACCUAAAGCUGCUGAAAGAAAAACAUCAGCGGACGUGCCCGCUCCAAAACUGACAGAAGUAGAGGAGCCUCCAGUUUCAGGCUCUGAGGCCCAGUCCUGCUGUCCACUCUGUAAAGUGAAGCUGAACACGAGGUCUGGAGAGUCGCCCAACUAUAGCACGUGCACAGAGUGCCAGAAGACUGUGUGCAACCUGUGUGGAUUCAACCCCACUCCCCAUCUCUCAGAGAAAGAAUGGCUCUGCCUAAACUGCCAGACCCAAAGGGCUCUCUCUGGGCAACUUGGGGAUAUGCCACCUCCACCUUCUCCAUCCAAGCUACCAGCCAAACACGAACCUACUCCUCCCUCCUCCCCAGCCUGUGUUGCAUCCUCCACCCCUUCCUCUCCUGCACCUACUGCCACUGCCACUCCUGCCAAAGGGCUGACACGGAUGCCCAGCAUAACUCAAGACCCAGCUAAAGAUGUAAAAAAUACAGAUGUAGAACAAGGGGUUACAGCAGAGCCAGUACCGAAGAGUACACAGAAUAAAGAAGAGGCUCCUAUUCUAGUGAAAGAGAGUGAGCUACUGAGGAAGCCUGGUGAGACCGAUAAGGAAAGCAGCCCUACAAGUCCUUCAGACUUGGCCAAGUUGGAAAGCACUGUCCUUCCAAUACUCGAGGCUCAGACAACAUCUAAAGAGGAAUCACAAACUGAAACUCCAAAAGUCAAGCGUCGACUAGAGGUGUUGCCAAUGUCUCCAGAACCCAGCUCAGAGGAUGACCAACAUGGAGAAACUCAAGAGCAAAAAAUUGAUGUACCAAAAAAAGAGCGGAAAAAACUUCUGGUUCCCACUGAUAUUCAAGGAGAUUCUUUUGAGGACAGUAGUGAAGGAGAACCUUCACCUAAACUGCAAAGGGAAAAGACUGUUGGAGAUAAGGAAGUAGAAAUGGAGAGCCCUAUGGAUGAGGAGGAUUUUAUCCGAAAGCAGAUCAUAGAGAUGAGCGCAGAUGAGGAUGCAUCACCAUCUGAUGAGGAAAACAUUGCCAGACGGAAAAUUAAAGAUCAAGAGAAGACUCGGAUGGAACAAAAUGAAAAGGACAAAAGUGAAUUGUCCAAAGGGAGACGCCUUCUCAAAAAGAGCAGUAUCAGUCCAGAAGAUGAGCCUGAACGAAAGAGUAUUAUCUCUGUGACUAAAAUUGAAGAACUAGAUAAAGGAGAACAACCUUCAGUAGACAGUGGAGCUGGUAUACGACAUUUUAAAACAAUUGAACUUAACAGUACAGCAACUGUUCGUCAGACAUCAGAUGAUGGUGAGCUAGAGAGCCUUACAGACUCUCCUGAUGACAGGUCAAGAGGUGAGGGCUCUUCCAGUUUACAUGCAUCCAGCUUUACCCCAGGAACAUCUCCAACAUCUUUGUCUUCUCUUGAUGAAGACAGUGAUAGCAGCAGCCCAAGUCAUGUUCGAUCUAGUGGUGAGGGCAAGCAACAGAGGAAAGCGAAGCACCGGUCAGGCCAGCUUCCUACCAUUGAGGAUUCAUCGGAGGAAGAGGAGCUGCGAGAAGAAGAAGAGCUUCUGAGAGAACAGGAGAAGCAGAAGGGCACAGGAAAAAAAUCUAAAAAAGACAAGGAAGAAAUAAGGGCACAUCGAAGAAGAGAAAGGCCCAAAACUCCGCCAAGCAACCUAUCACCAAUUGAGGAUGCCUCUCCCACAGAAGAGCUAAGACAAGAAGCAGAGAUGGAGGAAUUCCGCAGGUCUUCCUGCUCAGACAUCUCCCCAAGCAUGGAGUCAGAACCAGAGAGCUUUGAGAUUCUCCCAGAGAAAAUUGUUGCUGUCCAAAAAGUGUAUCAGUUACCAACAUCAGUCUCACUGUACUCUCCAACAGAUGAAGAACACGCUGAUAAUCAGUGCAAAGAAAAGAGAAAACAUGCAUUAAGAAGUGCUGAUGAGGCAUAUGAAGAAAUUAUGCUCAAGGUCAAAUCUCCAACUAACGAUGGAAAGGAACAUCCACCUGGUAAAGAAUCUCUUUAUGGGGGCAUGCUGAUAGAAGAUUAUGCAUAUGAGUCUCUUGUUGAUGAUGCAUCCCAUGAGCAGAAAUCGGAUAAACUUUUUGUGUCAGAGAAACCCAAAAAACCACUAAGAUCACCUGAUGAGGUUUACGAGGACAUGAUGCAAAGAAAGAAAGAGAUGAUGCUUAAGGAACAAGACAUAACACACAAUAAGCCAGUAGAAGAUAUUCCUAAAGCAGAAACUGUAUUGCCUGAUACAGACUCAAGCAAAGAGCAAAGCACCAUGUCAUCAAGCACCACAGGUCAGUCUGGAAAGGAUGGAAGACCAUUACUGGAUGCAGAAGCAGCCUAUGAGGAACUUAUGAAAAAGCAAAGAGGAGUACUAACCCCAGGUACCAGUCCAACUCAAGCAGGACCUGAUAUGAGUGGCAUGGCACAAGGUACAGCAAUUGCCCAAGUUGAAAAAACAGAACCAACACCCCUACGAAGAAUACUGCAUAUUCCUGAUCUAAGAGUGACACAGUGCUCAUCAGGUGAAGAGGAAUCUGGCGAAGAGAGCAGUGCUGAUCAAGCACAGGACUCUGAGAAACCUACAGUUUCAGUUUCAAAGCCUGAACCAGAACCACUUGUGGCAGAGGCUUUCCAGAAAACAUCGGCCUCUGAGCCACUCGCAGAUGAUUUGUCACUACAAAGAGAAGUAACACUGUCUGCAGUAUCAAAUGAAUCACAGGAAUAUGUAGGAAUUGAGCAAACAGGAGUUGUUGACUUGUCCAAGUCAUCAGCCCCUAGUCAAAUUGACUCUUUUACAGCGCCGGUUCACAGUGUAACUUCAAGACCGUCAGCCCCAGUAGUUGUAAGUGUAUCACCUUUACCCACAGUACCCCAAUAUAUAGUACCCACUGUACCUAGUGUUGUAUCAACUGCUCCACCAGUUCCUCCCAAACCUGUAGCACUACGCAGAGCUGCAUCUCUGGAAAAAGCAGACAUUCCAGUUCCUCCACCCUUACCCCCUCCAACACUUCCCAAACCCUCUGUUUAUCCCAAAAAGACUCCACCACAGGUUCCCCCAAGAACUACUCCAGUUGGUAUGCCAACCACUGGUGACAGUAUACCAGUAAAACAGCCUCUCGCUUCAGGCUAUAAGCCCCAUGUUCCUCCACCUGUACCACCUAAGCCAUCCUCUAUCCCUGCAGGUCUAACUUUCAGUCACAAACCUGGGGAGACUGUUAAACCUCCCAUAGCUCCCAAACCCAUAGCUGGUGGGCAGCCACCCUUUACAGCCCACACACCUGCAAGACCUACCAUACUGAGUACAAGCACUGCAGAUAGUGUCCUUAAUCUGAGUCCUUCUGCCGAAAGUAAGAACACAUCUCCUCUCAAGUCCCCUACAUCACCCAGGUUUGGCAAGGUUUUACGUGACACGUAUGUUGUUAUUACUUUGCCAUCUCAGCCUGGUUCACCUACAGAAGGUAUCACAACCCAAGCCUCAAUAAAUCCUAGCCAAGAAUCACCUCAUAAACCACCUCCUUCACCACCUCAACCACCUCCUUCAUCACAAAAAACUAGAGUACCAUUGGCAUUCACACGAAUUACUGAAUCCAUUGAAAGUCAAGAAAUAUGUGGUCCAGAGAAGGUAGUUUCCAGCAUGAGUCAUGUCUACGAGGCUAUUUCAGCCUCAACGCAGCCUCAGUCAAUUAUUCCAAAUGUUGGCGUUCAGGUAGUUACCACAGAAGUCCAAAGAACCACAGUGUCUGUAGUGCAUGAAAGAACGCCACCUCCAUGUCCCAUUCCAAGAGCCACUGGCAUCUCUGUUGUUCAAGAAAGCAUAAAAUCUGAACCAGCUCAAGUGCAAAAUGGUCAUGCCUACCAUCCUGGUGAGGUGGUGGAUCUCCGUACCCCAAAGAUAGAUACAGAGGCAUACAUGAAAGGUGUUGAUCUGUCUUCCUCUGAGUCAAGACGACAGUCUGUUGCAAUUGAUAGUGGUGGACGUCAACAAAGUGCUGUGCAGUCAUCUGUAGUAAACCUAAGCACGGAUACUUCUUCGGUGUCUGUGGUUACUGAUAACAUCACCAUCCUCACAUGUACAGCCACUGUGGCUUAUGGUAGUGAUGCAUCUCUGCCCACAUCAAUGCCUCUCCAACUUACAACAGCUAAAUCCUUUGAGCCUGUGUCUCAAAUUAUUUACAGACCCGUGGAUUCUCAACCAGAGAAACCAAUAAAUCUCUCAACAACAAUGGGUAAACCUGUUCCUGUAACAAUGGCUCCUACAGUUGCAGGCAAUGGCAUUUGUGCAACUAUACCCUCUCAUCUAGAAUCAGGAUUAUCCGGUGCAGUUGAUCUCACCACAGUAAAAGCUGCACAAACUAUGGUUACAAUGAAUGGGUCCACUGCAGAGGUGGUUACUGCUGUAAUUACAGAAGACGAUGGAAAACCAGUGGAUCUUACUGCUGGAAGAAGGGCAGUUUGCUGUGAUGUAGUCUACAAGCUUCCUUUUGCAAGCAGUUGUACAACUCAGCAGCCUUCAGCUCCAUUACCAGAGGAUCGCUUUGGCUACAGAGAUGACCAUUACCAAUACGAUCGCACUCCUUAUGGUAUGAGAGGUCUUGGUGGAAUUAAACCUUCAAUGUCGGACACAAACUUAGCAGAGGCUGGUCUCUUCUUAUAUAAAAGUAAGCAUAGUUAUGAUUACAAGGAGACCACUGAAGGUGCUGUAGACCUGACAUCUGGAAAAAUGUUGGUGGCAGGUGAGGCUGUAGACUAUUCGAACAAGUCUACAGGAGUGUGCACUGGAAUGACAGUUCCACAGUACACACAAGCCAGGAUUACUUCAGCAGUUGGAACCCACUAUGGUGUUUCUAGUGUCCUAAGAUCUUCCAAUGGUAUUGUUUAUUCUUCUGUAGCAGCACCAGUUCCUUCUACGUAUGCCAUAACCACCCAGCCUGGCUCUAUCUUCAGCACAUCCUACAAUACUCUGUCAGGCAUGCACACAAGUGAUACUAUGCCAUCACUGUCAACUCUACAGAAUCAGCCUCUCACUAGGUCGCACAGCUUUCUUUCUACAAUUGCUGUAACCACAGCUGAAGAACAAAGUGACUUACCAUUAAAUUUGGAGACUGUUGUUUCAAAGGCUGGCCUUUCAACAACUCUAUCAGAUGUAGUUUCAACAGUCACUACGGUGGCAGCACUGGACACCUACACAAAUGCUUCACUAGAGGCAAUUGCAGCCUCUUUAGAAGCUCUGUCUUCACCCUUAGUUCCAGGAGAUGGACAGUACCAGAUGGAGCGUGAGCUUCUUGAACUAGAGAAGAUGAAGCAGCAGCGCUUGGCUGAAGAACUUGAGUGGGAGAGACAGGAGAUACAGCGGUUCCGUGAGCAAGAACAGAUUAUUGUGCAGAAGGAGCUGGAAGAACUCCAGGCCAUGAAACAGCAAAUACUAUGUCAGCAGGAAGAGGAGAGACAGGCCCACCUUUUGAUGCAAAAGGAAACUUAUGCUCAGCAACAGGAGCAGUUAGAGCAAAUCCAGAGACUCCAAGAACAGCUCAGACAGCAGUUGGAAGAACAGAAGUUUAGGCAGAUGUAUCCAGGUGAAGUCCUGCCAGAGGCUCUUGUUGUGGCAGGAGAAAGAAAAAUGGACAGCGGCUGCCAGACUGAUGAGGAAGAUAAUACUGAAAAGGCCUACACCACAGGAAGGAAAAAGAAAAGUACAAAAAAAAGUGUUGAUAGCUGUGUUCAGACAGAUGAUGAAGACCAAGAUGAAUGGGAAGUUCCUGCUCGAGGCAGGCGCAGUAGACCACGUGGUGGUAAAAAUGGCACAGGUGAAAGAGGAGCUGUUUCAGUUCAGGCCCUAACUGAAAUCUCUGUACAAACAGACUCCUCUGGAACACUUAGGGGGCACUCUGUGCAGGUAGAUGCUAGAUUAGAUUAUCCUGACUCUGAUAUAACAUCCUCUCCAAAGAGGCGUCCCACUCCACUUGAUAUAGGUCAGUCUCCUCACCUCAAAGCAGAUGCCUCUACUCUUCAGGUUGUCCAAGGUCCUCCCAAAUCACCCAAAGUACUGUACUCCCCAAUUUCCCCUUGUGUAUCCCCUAGCAAAUCCCUUGAGUAUUUGUCCUAUGAGAAAUCACUUGGAGACACAAGCCCACAGAGAAUACGCUCUGCCACAGAUCUAUCCAAAGGUCCACCAACAAGUCCUAGGGCUCCCAAGGUCAUACAAAGGUCAAUGUCUGACCCCAAACCCAUGAGCCCCACUGCUGAAGAAAGGGCAGCAGCAAAUUUCCAGUAUUCUGAGGGUUACUCUGGAAAGGGAUCUCCAAGUGGAACUCCAUCUGGCACCCAAAAGAAGGUUAAGAGGACUCUUCCUAACCCACCUUCAGAGGAAGAAGCUGUUAAUGCUGGUCAAACAGCUUACAGCACUGGCUCAGCUCGUCGCCGUCUCUGCCGAAGCACUAACAUGGCACGAGCAAAAAUCCUGCAGGACAUUGACCGUGAACUAGACCUGGUUGAGAGAGAGUCCUCCAAACUGCGUAAAAAGCAAGCUGAACUGGAUGAGGAAGAAAAAGAGAUUGAUGCCAAACUGAGAUACCUGGAGAUGGGCAUUAAUCGUAGAAAGGAGGCAUUGCUUAAAGAAAGGGAGAAGAGGGAAAGGGCCUAUCUGCAGAGUGUUGCAGAGGACCGUGAUUACAUGUCUGACAGUGAGGUGAGUAACAUUCGUGAAACAAGAGUUGGAGAGGAGGUCAGCGGACAUGGGCUUGAGAGACCACGUACUGCACCCCAGUCAGAACUUGAUGAAUUUGUUCCUCCACAGACCAAGCAUGACCAGUAUGGAAAAUAUUCCCAGUACCAGUACCCACAGUAUCAGCAGUCCCUGUACCAGCCUCAGUCACCAUACCAAUCCCAGUCUAUAUACUCUUCGGUUCCUUCUCUGACUGCCUCACAACAACAGAGCUACCACCAAAUGCUUUUGCUUCAGCAGAAAGCCAGACAACAAGCUGCUCUCCUCUCUGAAUUAGAUUCUACCAAAAUUUCCUCCAACUAUGACACGUCUUCUUACUUGGGAGGAAAAUAUGGGAACCACCUUGACUUGCAUAGUCUAGAAGAGCGUGCUGGCAGCUUGGCAGUCAGUCCUAUGUCAAAUGUUUCUGCUGAUUCUUUCUAUGCAGACUUAGAGCAACAUCAAACACCAAGAAGCUAUAUGCUUUUAGAAGAUGCAGCAGAUCUUGCAAAAAGCACUGGUAGCCUUUCAUCUUCCAGCUAUGGCAUUGCUGAGAGGGAGCUGGCCAAAGCAGAGCGCCUUCUGAGACGCACUGCUGCAGAUGUUGGUACAGACUACCUGGGCAGCUCCUCCAGGCUUCAUUCUUAUGGUAAGGCUCAAGAUGAAGAGGACCCAAUGGAAGAGCCAUUUGAACUAAAGCUUUUAAAACAACAACUGAAACAGGAAUUCCGGAGAAGCACAGGGGGCACUGAAAGCUUAGAGCAGCUUGCUGGACUCUCACAUCACUAUACCCCCAGCACUGGAGUGUCUAGUGGAAGCUACAGGGCCUUCCCUAAAACUGAAAAGUACAGCAUAAGUAGACUGACCUUAGAGAAACAGGCUGCCAAGCAACUCCCAACAUCUAUGCUCUACCAGAAACACAAAAACACCAGCAACAUAGGCAAGUACUCUUCCAUCCAGGAUAGCAGGGCUCUAGAAACAGACUAUAGUAGCUACUUGGGGUCCAGUAGUUCUUCUCCCAGAUCAAGCAGACUUCUACAGGAUGAGAUCACCUUUGGGUUACGCAAGAACAUUGCAGAACAGCAGAAAUACCUGGGUUCCACUCUUGGGGCCAAUUUGGCAGGUUCACUCAAUUUGGGCCAAAGCCUAAACCUGAGCCCAGGCAUGAGGUCAUCUUUAGGAGAAGACUCUGCUUACCCUAGUGGAAGUAGGUCACGACCUUCCUCUAGACCCUCUUCUGUGUAUGGCCUUGACCUUUCCCUUAAAAGGGAUACCUCAAGUUCAUCUCUGAGGCUCAAAGCAGAAGGUGACCCCUCCUCAGACGCCUCAGCUUUCCAGGCUCCAUCAGGCAGGUCAAAACCUACAAGCCUGCCUAUUGUACAAAGUGGGCGUGGACGUAUUCCUAUUGUGGCACAGAACUCAGAGGAAGAGAGCCCACUGAGUCCAGUGGGUCAACCAAUGGGUAUGGCACGGGCAUCAGCAGGUCCGCUCCCACCCAUAUCUGCCGACUCCCGUGAUCAGUUUGGGUCAUGUUUGUCCCUCCAAGACCCUCAACAGCAACAUCUCAGAGAAGAUCCUUCAAGAGGGCGUGGCUAUGUGUUAAUGGAUGAUCUGCAGGGCACCAUGUCUGAUAGUGAAGCACUAAGUGAAUCCCUGGUGGGUUUGAGCAGAGACGAUCCAGGAAACUCACAUGAGAAUGUCACAAACGCAUACCACCUGCGACGAGAGGAAACUGAUUGGUUUGAUAAACCACGAGAUGGGCGCACAGAGAAUGGACAAGGGGAUAGAAGACAGGGAAAGUCAUCACACUACCCGUUUCCUUAUACCAGAAUAAUACUACAGAGGGAUCCCAAAGAUCGUAGUGUAUCAGGAAACGGACUGGGCAUCCGUGUUGUUGGAGGAAAAGAGGUCCCGGGCAGCAAUGGGGACAUUGGUGCAUAUGUUGCCAAAGUGUUACCUGGAGGAGCUGCGGAACAGACGGGGAAGAUUGUGGAAGGAAUGCAAGUUCUGGAAUGGAACAGCAUUUCUUUGACUGGUAAGACGUACGAGGAGGUGCAGGGUCUGGUUGGUCACCAGGUCGGAGAGGCGGAGAUAUGUGUCAGACUUGACCUUAAUAUGCUGUCUGAUUCCGAAAGCUCCCACCUAGACCUGCAAGACCAGACCAAAGGAGACAGACCUCCACGGUCACCAGGUGUGGACCCGAAGCAGCUGGCUGCCGAGCUGCAGAAAGUGUCCCAGCAGCAGGUUCCGUCCUCUUCUGCGUCAGCACUGGAUAAAGCCUCAGCGUCCGCUGGCUCCAGUGCAGUACCCAGCCCAGGCCAGCCUGGGUCACCCUCUGUCAGCAAGAAGCGUCACAGCAAGACCUCUGAGGCUGCAAAAACUCAGUCCCACCCAGUGUCAGGAGAGAUCCAGCUUCAAAUAAAUUACGACAAACAGCUGGGAAAUCUCAUUGUCCAUGUUCUUCAAGCACGAAAUCUAGCACCUCGGGACAACAACGGCUACUCUGAUCCGUUCGUUAAAGUUUACUUGCUGCCGGGCAGAGGUCAGGUCAUGGUUGUGCAGAAUGCCAGUGCUGAAAACAAAAGAAGGUCCAAACAUGUUCAGAAGAGCCUGAACCCAGAGUGGAACCAGACUGUCAUCUACAAAAAUAUCCAUCUGGAACAGCUAAGAAAGAAGACACUGGAGGUCAGCGUGUGGGACUACGACAAGAGCUCUGCCAAUGACUUCUUGGGGGAGGUACUAAUCGACCUGUCCAACACUGUUCAACUGGACAACGUCCCACGCUGGCUGCCUCUGAAGGAGCAGAGCGAGGGCGAGCAUCACCGGCGUUCUCACUCGGGACAGGGCCGCCAGCACUCGCCCAAACCCCCCGGAGGACAUGGGAGCCAGCAUUCCCCAAAGACCUCCAGUCACGGCAAGGAGGAUUCGCCCAAAUCCUCGGUCAUCAAGAGCCGGAGUCACGGAAUCUUCCCUGACCCUGCCAAGGACACGCAGGUCCCUACUAUUGAGAAAUCUCACAGUAGCCCUGGCACGUCGAAGCCAUCUCUCUCCGAGGGCCAAGCUCGCCCCCACGGAGGCCCCCGUGCUCAUGGCAAAAGUGGCACGGCCCGGGCACACCUUGAUGAUGUCGUGGCACCGGCCGAAGCUGCCGGCCAGCAGCCCCGUCUCCAACCAACCCAAAAUGGCCGCCUCGACCAGAGGCACCACAGGCACAGCGUAGUUGGUGUGCUCACCAUUCAGAGAGCCCCGUCUGAAUCGCCGGCCAAUGAGAUCCCUGACGGCCGUCACCUGACCCUCAGGAAAGCCAUGUCUGAAGAGAGGCCACAGCCGGACGGAGCGUCCCGCAGCCAUAGAUCUGGUGAUGCUCCUGUUACUGCAGCCUCAUUGGAUAGCGGUCUGAGUGGCAGUGCCUUUAGCCUAUUGGAUGAAGAGGGCGGGACCAAUGCAGUGGACAGCGCUAUCUUCCAGGUUCCCAGAUUUGGAAAGAUUCCAAACGGCACAGAAGCUGUGAAAUCCGCUCAUGGAGAUACAGAGGGUAAGACUCAGGUGAUGGGGGAGAUAAAGAUCGCCUUGAAGAAGGAGAUGAAGACAGAGGGAGAACACCUGGUGCUUGAAAUCCUACAGUGCAGAAACAUAACGUACAAAUUCAAGUCUCCAGACCACCUCCCAGACCUGUAUGUGAAGCUGUAUGUGGUGAAUGUGGCCACUCAGAAAAGAAUCAUCAAGAAGAAAACCAGAGUGUGCCGUCAUGACCGUGAACCGUCUUUCAACGAAACCUUCCGCUUCUGCAUGAACCCCACAGGCCAUUCCAUUCAGCUCUUUCUUGUUUCGAACGGAGGCAAGUUCGUGAAGAAGACCCUAAUCGGCGAGGCCUACGUGUGGCUGGAUAAGGUAGACCUGCGGAAACGAGUGGUGAGCUGGCACAAGCUGCUGGCCAGCACAGCUCAGAUCCACUCCUAAAGACGGCGGACGGACGAGGCGCGAGGACAGACCAGGCAGCGGAGCUGCACAUCUCUGCCGCACUCUUUGGGACUAAACCGAGCUGAAUUUGGAGGGCCGACACAGGGAGCUUCCCGAUUGCACUGGCACGUGUGAUUGUGUUAACCCAAGCCAUGGAGAAACAGGUGUACAAUGGUGUUUACAGAAAGGAUCUGACCCUUAUUGACAAGACGCAGAUCUUUACGUUGGGAAAAGCUCAAAAAAUUGAGCCGGAGAUUCACGAAAUGUUCAUACGUAUAUGUGUACAAGCACUUUCACAAUCACUCACAAUUAUCGACACAUAUUCAUACCCAUGUAUGUAUAAUAAUAUGUGUACAUUGGGCCACAACUGACAGUUAGAUGAUAGAGUGAAAGUUUAUUUAUCCCGUUUGUGCAUUAUUCACAUGAAGACAUUAUGAUUAUUUACAGACAGAGAUGGAUAUCAUAUACAUUAUUUUUGUAUGAUAGAGGCAAAUUCAGUUUUAGAUAUUUAUCGUUAUUUUACAUUCCCUCUCAGAUGUUAUUAUGUGUUAAAAGAACUGAUAUUUAAAACAUAUUAUCAAUGGAUUAGAAGAGUAUUUUAUGGUAUAUUAUAGACAGAUUUAAAUGAAUGAAAUAUGAUUUAUUGGGUGUUGUGAUGACUCGUUGUGUCAGUAUGGUUAUUUCCUCUCACAGAAGUAACUUUCAUCUUUCACUGUGUGAUACUAAAUUCAUCAAAGUCAGAGAUACAGUUCCCGAGCUCUAGGAAUCAAGAAGCAGGUUAUAACGAAGAACUUCAGCGUUUAAGAAAACUGCCGGUCUAAUAUGACUCACAGAAAUGAAUGGGAAAUUGAAUAGUUGUGUUCGCUGAUUGUUAUGAUUUGCUAUCUCAUUUGAUGAAUGUGACAGACGAAAGAUCUCCGAUAUGCAGCAGCAUCAGUUGAAAAUGUCAAAUCCAGCACUGUUAUAUGAUUUGCACUUUGUGUCUAGCAUUUUACGAAUGUAGGUUGGUAGCUUUUUCGUCCAAAAAACAUCCUGCCAUUUAAAAAAAAAAAAAGUCAAACGCUGUCAAUCCCCCACACAAACUCAUACGCAUCCGUCUCUCUUAAAUACUCAAGGAUUAGAGCUUGAAAGGGUCAGUGUAGUGUCUGUCCGCAUCAUAUUGCUGAUACAAUGUUGAUAUUAUGUUUUAUUAAAAAACAAACUCCUAAACACUCAGGUUUCGAUGAAAUAGCCUUGCUUAAAAGUUAUUGGCUGAUCUUUGAUCUAAGCAGGUUCAGCUUAAAGGCGAUAACAGUGGAUCAGGGUGAUCACAAUGUGUUCGUUUUUUCAUUUUAACACCUCCUUUUGGCUAACUCUUAUUUUCUGUUCGGUUUACAUGUCUGAAAGGACCCGUUUAGAUGCUGAGUGCACCAUCUCAUUCUUUCAGAAAAGUGUGCCCACUUUGCAAUGCAGACACUUAUAUCAAAUGCCAUUAGUGUUACGUUCCUUAUGUUGGUUUUUAAUGCCUUUAAACUCGGGAUGUGUGGGUUCAAACUUUACAACACAUAACCCAGCCAUUUUUUACAGCAUUUUACAAGCACUUACUGAUAUUCACUCAAACAUCCAGCGUUAAGGGUUAAGUCAACCUUUAACCUGUGCCAAACUACCAAAAUCCGCAGGUUCUGUGUAUGUUAUUCUAUGCAACCGAAUAUACAUCUGAUGUACUUAUUAUUUAGUGGUCGCUGGACAGAUGAAGCAUUACGAAUGAGGACGUUUUUUUAAUUUUUGUAUGUAUGUUUUUUUUCCACAUGGUAUAUAUGUUUGUUUUUAUAUAUAUAUAUAUAUAUAUAUAUAUAUAUUUGGUUGUGUCUUUUGCUUGAUGCUUGUUUAAUUAAUUUUAUAUUGCUAUUUUGAGGUCAUGUAACAAUGAGUUUGCAAAAACGUAGGGUUGAUUAACCUACUCAACUAUUUAACUGCUAGGUUUGAGAAUUCAAAUGUACAUAACCAAAUGUGUUUACAGGAUCACAACAGACUGGUCACCUUAUGUGUUCGUCAUUCACAGUGUCUAGAAACAACUCUCUCACUGCACUCAGCUUUAUAUACAGCGCUCAGCUUUCACUGUAUAUUCUGAUCUCCCAGAAUGUGUUACCAUUUUUUUUUUUAUGUUUUACAAAUAAGAUGAGGGGAAAAAAGCAUCAUAUAACAAUUCGUCACAUUUAUUCAUCUUAACCAAUGCAGCCUCCUUUGAAUAACCCGCGCAUGCUCCAGUUUCACUUUGCCACACUAACUCUUUCACCUCUGCAAAAAUGAUAAAAUAAAUAAAAACAAGACGUGUAAAUAAAAAUAAUAAUUUUCUUUUUGUACAAAUAGGAUCUUGUAUUAGUUUUCUGGUUCAGCGAAGGGCAUGUGUGAGGGAAAGGAGCAGAGCGACUGUGUUUUGAUCUGUGUGUUACAUGUUGUACAUGCACUAGGGUAAAAGCUUUCCCCAUGCUUGCCUCUGAUGGACUGGACUUGACCUGCACAACAGACACCGAUUUAACCCUGUAUAAUAAAGAGCAGAUGUUGAUCUUACUGACUCCAAGUAGAAUCAGGAAACGUAUGGUGUUUUCACUUUGGAUGUUGCAUGUUUUGUUGGUGGUUUGUUCAUACUAUUUUUGUGUCCAGAUUCUAUUUACAAAAAGAGAAAAAGAUUAUGAAAAAUUAAUCAAAUCUAAAUAUGUAUGCUGACUGUACAAAGAUAUGCUUGUAUAAUCUGUCUGGUUUUCCACUUAAUGUAAACUGAUGAAAAAAAAAAUCCAGCUGUCAUGGUUUUUGUGGUUGUACACAAACGGUAUUGAUAAAUUAUGCAAAUUGUGCUGUAAUAAAAGGCUAAUGCCCCAAGUCUAAAUAUUAAAUGAUAUAUGUAAAAUUC